CGCCGACGGAACCCCACAAAUCGUAGUAUAGUACUAUAAAAAGGAAUCUGCGUUAAUUAGUUCAUUACGUUUUCUAACAAAAUGGCGAAGCUGGCUUUUGUACUGUUAUUAGUAGCAGCGUCGGUCUGCACGGACGCCGCGCGUAUCGUCGGUGGCAACCCAACGACCAUCCAGGAGUACCCCAGCAUAGUGCAAGUGGAGUUCCGCACCGGCAUCCUGUGGAGCCAGUCAUGCGCUGCCAACAUCCUCAACAGCAGAUAUGUGCUGUCUGCUGCACAUUGCUUUGAGGGAUUACUCUUCAGCAUCAACAACCGACGUAUCCGCGCGGGCACCUCCACCCGCGGCUCCGGAGGCACCGUGAUCUCCCUCACUCGUCGUAUCAACCACCCCAGCUAUGGAAGCCUCGGUUAUGACGGAGACAUCAGUUUGGUGCAGCUGAGCUCUCCCCUCGUGUGGAGUGACAGCAUCGCCCAGGUGUCGAUCUUGCCGCAAGGCUUCCAGAUGCCCGAUGGCUUGCCAGUUGUUCAUGCUGGGUGGGGUACUACUCAGGCUGGAGGCGUCUCAUCCUCAAUCCUCCGAGACGUGCAAAUCUACACCAUCAACCGUGACCUGUGCACUGCUCGCUACGCCAGCCUCUUCAUCCCUCAAAGGGUGACAGAGAACAUGAUCUGUGCCGGUAUCCUGGACGUAGGAGGCAAGGACGCGUGCCAAGGAGACUCGGGAGGGCCCCUGUAUUACGAGGAUAUCCUCAUAGGAGUGGUGUCUUGGGGUCGUGGGUGCGCUGACUCGCACUAUCCGGGAGUGAGCACCGCUGUGUCUUCCUAUACCGACUGGAUUGUGUCUAAUGCUGUCUAAAUAUUGAUUGAGAUUAAAACAAGAAGUGUGUAUUA